AUGAACCCAAUACGCCCUCCCACGCUCGAAGCAGCGUUACGAUCAUGCACACGACCACACCGCACUCCCGCCGCCCGCAACGCAAUCCAAUCGCGAUCAAGAGCUCCGCAAAGACGAUGCAUUUUCGAAAGUGAGCGACCCCAGCGACCGGGACAAUUGGGUUCUGGCGAUGGCCCUAUGCCGCAGAAGAAUCAGGUGUGGAUGCCGAAGACGAGGAUUGCUGUGGGGGUGGUGUUUAUUGGGAGUUUGGUUUAUUCUAUGGCGAUGGGGGAGAGUGAGGUUCCACCACCGGGUUCCCCUGAAGCGAAACUGCGAACGGGACAACAGCUUGAUGCGCCGACGAUUGCGGAGCGGGAUUCUUUGAGUAAGAGGGAGAGUGGUGUUAGUGUGAAUUCGCCGAUGCGGUUAAGGAUGGAGCAGUAUAUCAAGCAGAAACAGGAAGAGAUUGUAAGAGCGCUGGAAGGGGUAGAUGGUAAGCGGUUUCAAGUCGAUGCGUGGGAUAGACCUAAUGGCGGCGGUGGCAUCUCCUGCGUCCUGCAAGAAGGAAAUGUCUUCGAGAAGGCUGGUGUGAACAUCAGCGUCGUCUACGGUACCCUCCCUCGCGCCGCCAUCUCCAAGAUGCGCGUCAACCACAAAGCCCUCGACCCAGACGUCGAGAGCCUCGAAUUCUUCGCAGCAGGUCUCAGUCUAGUCCUCCACCCCAACAACCCCAUGGCCCCCACCGUCCACCUCAACUACCGCUACUUCGAAACCGCCAAUGCCGACGGCUCCACGAACGCCUGGUGGUUCGGCGGAGGCACAGAUCUCACGCCGAGCUACCUCUUCGACGAAGACGUAAUUCAUUUCCACCGCACCAUUAAAGAGGCCUGCGACUCCCACGACAAGACUUACUACGCCCGCUUCAAAAAAUGGUGCGACGACUACUUCUCCGUCAAACACCGCAACGAAACCCGUGGCGUUGGUGGGAUCUUCUUCGAUGACCUGGACGAAACUGAAAAGGACGCGGAAUCCUUAUUCGCAUUCUGCCAAUCAUGUCUAGGCGCCUUCCUCCCCUCGUACCUCCCCAUCAUCAACAAGAGGAGGGACAUGCCAUAUACGGAGAAAGAGAAGCAAUGGCAGCAGUUGAGACGGGGAAGGUAUGUGGAGUUUAAUCUGGUGCAUGACAGGGGUACGGCGUUUGGGUUGAAUACACCGGGGGCGAGGAUUGAGAGUAUUUUGAUGAGUUUGCCACUUACGGCCAGGUGGCAAUAUCAGCAUGAGCCGGAGAGGGGGAGUAGGGAGGAGAGAUUGGUGGGGGUGUUGAGGAGGCCGGUUGAUUGGAUUUGA